UACUUCCGCAUCUCUAUGGUAAAGCCGGCCUCGGAGGCGGCGGAGCUGGUGGCGGCUGCGGGGGAAGAAAGGGGCUUCCAACUUUCCUGCUGGCCUGAGAGGUUUUGCGCGCAGAGGGUUGCAAUGUCAGAAAAAAAGCAGCCGGUAGAUUUGGGUCUCCUGGAGGAGGACGACGAGUUCGAGGAGUUCCCUGCGGAAGACUGGACGGGUUUAGAUGAAGAUGAAGAUGCACACGUGUGGGAGGAUAAUUGGGAUGACGACAACGUGGAGGACGACUUCUCCAAUCAGUUACGAGCUGAACUAGAGAAACAUGGUUAUAAGAUGGAGACCUCAUAGAAUCCAGAAGAAGUGUUGAAGCAACCUAAACUUGAACUGUUUGCUAAAUUGUAGGUCAGAAAACCCAAGAUGGAACACUUAAAAAAAUGUUUAUUUCAUUACCUGCUUGGCUUUAUUUUUGCUUUUGUAAAUCAGAAAAUAAAUGUUUUGACCUAAU